AAGUAAUCAAUUUUGGCCUCUUUUUAAAUGAAAUCUGUCGGCAGAAAUUAAUGAUCAAAUCUGUUCAAUUGCAACCAAAAACGGAUGCUGGUAGAACAAAUCUCAAACCAUCAAUUUAUAUUUUCAAAAUCCAGAAAGCAGUAGCUAAACUUUUUCAAUAAAAAUACUUGCAAAACUUGAACACUGGUAACUGCUUCUGGCAAAAGUCUACCCGAAACUGUUGGGUAUUUCACCUUAUACCAGAAGUGGUCCUGUAUCAUGCAUGUACAGAUUUCAGAUGACAAACAUUUGGAUAAGUCAGUACAUGGUGAAUCUUUUUAAAAUGAUUAACCGUUGUAAAUGACAUAUAAUUUUAACAGCGGGGUACAUAUGGUAGUGAUGUUUUAGAAAAACACUGCAAGUCAUUAUUAAUCUUAUUUACUUCACAACAGCGAGUGCAGGCGUUCAUAAAAAGUCGCCCCGACUUCAUCUCAGUGUUGUUAUAUUUUCUGGUCCUUCGUGAUCAUUGAUAUCAACUCAUUUACUUAGAUCUGAAGAUUGAAUACCGGUGUUAGGGGGCUUGGGCAGUGUUGCAUUUUCAAUAACUUCUCAUGAACAGACUCAAUCAAACCGAGUCUGCAAUUUUCACUGUUUGCCUUGUUCUCGGUGCUUCCAAAGGAUCUGCAUUCCAGAUUUUAUAACAUUUCCAAUGUUUCUAAUAUUGAUAAAAUUUGUGUUUUAAGAAUGUUUAGCCCGUUAGAAAAACAUCAAUGUUUGCAAAAAACAUGGUCGUUUUGCUUCUGUUCUAAAAAUAUAUAACAGAUUUGUAUACAAACAUGGUCUCUCCUAAAAAAUUACUGUGAUUCAUCAAUUUCAUGUACCCUGCUGCAAGAAAAACAUUAAGAGGAUUAUUGUUAUCGGGCAACUAGAAAGCAGGCUAUGCGUCCGGUUACCUGACGGUUAGACACUUACUGUAAUAAAUAAUCUCGCCAGAAAAAUGUAAAAAAAAAAAAGAAUAUCAAAUAACCAGUUCAAAAUCUUCAAACUCAAAGGGGACGAAUUGAGACGAACUGUGUUGAAGACGAGUCGAAAAAACGGGGACGAAAUAUUUACUUUAGUCUCCAUUCUGAAAGCUGAAUUCAUUUAUGAUUUCUUUAAAUAAUAUUUACCAGAAUUAUCGAAGAUCUGCUGAAUCUUAUAAAUUAUGUGUCACACAAUACGUUUGUUUAUUAUUUUCCUGUCGUUUGCCGAGCAUCAUGGGAUAGUAUAUUGCCGGGGUCUUCCGAACUUAUUCGGAAUCGUCCGUACAAAAAACCGUAAAUUGUACGAAAAUGUAAUGAUCUUUAUAUAACAAUAUUUACAUGAUAAUUUGUUAUUAAUAUGCCCCAGAUACGUAGAAACCAGAACAAAAAUACUGUUAAUCAUGUAACUUAAUAUUUUUCGUAGUCAGAACUGGGUUACGUAGUUUACCGAGCGACUCCGGUUUGGAACGGACUGUCCCGAAUCAUGGCGGAUCACUCGCAACAACAGUAAAGUAAAUCAGCUAUAUCGCUAUAAGACUUUAAACGAACGUUUGAUUGUUUUCAGGUGAUUUCAUUCGUAAAAAAAUGCACACCUCUGGAAAAAAUAUAAAAAUAUCAUAAGCAUAUAAUGAAAUCUCGCGAUAUAGCAAUCACGCGAGAUGCAGCCAGCAUCCAGCAUCUCGCGCCAAUUUUGAAACUCGUGAGAUUUCAAGACAGUCAGUUUCGACCAGAAUCAGAUUCGACCAGAAAACAUUAAUGAUGGCGUUGGCUUUGAUUGUUUGGGUAAACGAUGAUCCGAUUACUGGUAAUAUUAUUAAACUAAGUUCCAUCGUAGAACCACGAAAGCCUUUCAGUGAAUACAAGGAAGGAGAAACGGUCCGAGCAAAGUGCCACGGGUUCGGGAUUGUGCAGGGAGUCCUUGGGAAAAUUACAGAUGAGAACGGACGGAAAGAUUUGGAAGAUAUUUUGAAGGGCGACAGGUUCAUGCUGCUUGUCAAGAAAAUCAAAUCAGUUUCAAGCAAUGAUGCUCCAUCUGAAAACCCUCAUCAGAUUCAGACGGACAAUCUGCCAGAGAAGCACGAACAAAAGAAAACCCCAAAAGGCAAGAUACAGAGGAAAAAAGAGCAAAAGGAAAAUAAACCUCCCAAAAGAAAAACACUGGAGGAUGUGGCAGAUGAUUUGGAGCUUACAAGCUUGGAAACUGAUGUUGGUGAGGAGGUUCGGAAAAUACAAAACACUUUAGACGUGUUACGGGAAACACAUCAGGUCCUGCAUGAAGAGUCGGGUACUGAGGAACCAAGCAAGGAUGAGCAAGUACAAAAAGCUCCAAGAUUGCAUGGGGAGUACCAAACUCAAAACCAAGUCCUGGAGAACCAGUUGAAGUUUGUUCAGCAGGACUUGUACAAUGCCAACUGCAGAAUAAACCAGCUGGAAAACAAUUUUCAGUGGUUGUGGAACUAUGUCCAACAGAUGCAGUGUAAUGCAACACCACAGAAUUUUAGUGGGAAUAUGUACUGUGAACAAAAUGCACAAGCAGGAAAUGUAACAGAAACAGAACCUGUUAGUGAAUUGUUAGAUACUAGUAGUGUAUCGUUGGAAGGUGCUCCCGAAAUGUCAGCAGAUAAAUGUGUUGGCGGUUAUUCAGAUCAGCAGCUUUUUAGCCGGAUAAAUGGAAUGGAAUCAUACAGAAAGCAGCACUUUCAUUGUUCCGUCUACUUUUCAAGGAGGAAGAGUACAUUGGGGGGUCACUUACUGGUUCGAAAUCAAGAUCUGGAGAGGCAAAGCCUGCAGGAGACCAAGAUCGACUUGGCAGGAUUUACAAUGUAAUAGCUCAGAAGUUCCCGCAUAUUACCCCAGUGAUGGUGCGGGAACGGUUAAGGGACUUGGUAAAACCAUCCAGGACAAAGCGGCACUAAAAUGGAUGCAGCGUCACUGUGUUAUAAAUGACAUUAAUGCUUGAUAAAUAUCAAAAUGGAUUGUGGUUUUGAACAAAAUUUAAAUGCUUUUAUUCAUUAUACAUUAAUACUUUGUUCCUUACAUAUUUUAAAAUAAAUUGUGGUUUUAAAUUAGAUUAAUGCUUUGUUUUACUUGCAUGAAAUACAUGCAGAUGUAUGUCCCUUGUUCAGAGAUUAACAUGUUUCUUUUUCCAACAAUUUUCAGUAAAUGUUUUGCACCAGAACAUAUCGGAGAUGUGAAAGUACUUCAUCUCUUUAAACAUCACACAGAAUUUUACUGUCUUCAUUCUGUCGGAUAAUGGAAAGUUUGGCAGAACAGGAGUUUGAACAAAGAAAUUAAUCAUUAGGAAUCUUUUAUUCCUGACUGAGCUACUAGGGAUCAAAAUCAGGUUUGACUACAUAAUUUUUCAGUAAGAAACUCGGGCGAGUAAUUUCUGCUUUGAAGGUCUGUGACUGACCCCAUAUGCCUACCUUUUCAAAUUUCAAGCAGCAAUACAAUGGAAAAAAUCCAUGGAAACUAGGGAAAAUCCAUGGAAAUAUGCCCUGGAUAGACUGGACAAUAUACCAGGAAUCCAGGGGAAAAUUCCAGGGACACCAUGGAUUA